AAACAAAAUUUAUAUAUUUUCCCCUUUUCCCGUGGAAUAUUAUACAGUGAUGAAGCAGCUUGAAGAAGAAUUCGGAAUGGAUCGCGCGAUUGAGAUUGGAACAGACGAUGAAGAUGACGAGGCUGAGAGGGUUUGCCAUGACAAUGAGGAUGAUAAUGAAUCUGAUAUCACUGGCCUUUCACAUGUCCCUUCACAUGAUUUCAUGGAUCCUGAUAUUGCUCCCUCUUGGCCUCAAAGCUACAGGCAGUCAAUGGACAUGUACACUAGCGUGACCCCAUCGGUCAGCUUCAUCAAAGGAAGUUCGUUCUUGCUUCAGUCAGAGAAGAGAUCACAGGCACCAGAUAUUGAGUCCUCAUUGUCGAAGCACUUACUUUCCGCAACCAAUUCGGACAUAGAUAUAGUUCCUACCUCGAUUCCUCCUCUAAAGAUGUCUUCUGUCUCUGUUUUUGGGGCUUCUAUAAGUGAACUGCCGAUGCCCCAACAAUGUUCGUAUUCGCAAUCACUUCUCAAUGCAACAAAUGCUUUGUGUGGCAUUGGGAUUCUUUCAACUCCUUUUGCACUCAAAGAGGGGGGUUGGAUUGGUAUCUUGCUUCUCUUUCUGUUUGGAAUCAUUGCGUGUUAUACCGGGAUCUUGUUGAAGAGAUGUCUCGAAAGCUCGUCUCAACUGCAAACUUAUCCUGAUAUAGGACAGGCUGCUUUCGGAUUAGGUGGUAGAAUAUGCAUUGCUAUAAUCCUCUAUAUAGAGCUCUAUUCUUCAUGUGUGGAAUUCUUGAUCAUGAUGAGUGAUAACCUGUCUGCUACCUUCCCAAAUGCGCAAGUGGAUAUCGCUGGAAUCCAUCUCGACGCGUAUCAAACUUGUGCCAUUGUUGCAACCCUUGUGAUUCUUCCAACAGUCUGGCUCAGAAACCUCAGCUUGUUGUCAUAUGUUUCAAUUUGUGGAGUUUUGACUUUGGCCCUUGUAGUCAUGUGUUUGGUUUGGGUUGGUGUGGUUUCUGAUAUCGGAUUCAAUCCAAGCGGAAAGGCAUUGAACUUCUCACACUUGCCUAUCACCAUUGGUAUAUACAGCUUCUGCUAUGGCGGCCAUUCGGUCUUCCCCAACAUCUAUUCGUCCAUGGAAGACCCCUCUCGGUUCCCUUCUGUUCUCGCAAUUAGCUUUGCAAUUUCUGGUUUGCUAUACGCGGGGGUUGCAGUUUUGGGCUUUCUCAUGUUUGGUGAAGCCACAGAUCCUCAGUUCACACUAAACCUUCCUACCAAACUCAUUGCUUCCAAGAUUGCUGGAUGGGCUGUGGUUGUAGCCCCUCUCACAAAGUUCGGGUUGUCAAUGACACCCGUGGCACUAGCCCUCGAGGAGCUGCUGCCCCCGGAUCAGCUUGCUUCGCACACUGCGCCAAUACUAAUCAGAACAAGCUUGGUAGUCUCGACCUUGAUCGUGGCAUUGACAGUACCUUACUUUGGAUCCAUGAUGGCCCUUAUAGGAUCUUUGCUUAUCAUGCUAAUGUCUCUAGUAUUACCUUGUGCUUGCUAUAUGAGAAUAGAGAGUGGGAGAUUAACUAAUUUUCAGAUUACAAUUUGUUCCAUUGUAAUGGGUGUGGGAAUAUGCUGUGCAGCAAUCGGAACGUAUUCAGCAGUGGCAAGUAUGGGUACAUAACAAUUAUAUUUCAGACAUUCUUGUCCUAAUCAAUGUAAGAAUAUGAAAUGAGAAAAAAGAAACAAAGAAUUACUCUUGAAAUAUUACCAUGUCCAAAGGUCGACCAAAUGAAGGACAUAAAUUGGCUAAGCCUACAAUCGAUUUUUAAUAGCAUUCAACUUUACCCACAUUCAUUAUGUAUAGUUUUUCAUGUUAUGGUUAUGAUUUAUACAUUCAA